AUGUCGUCCCCAUUAGAAGCCAAUCCAAUUUGUAUAUGGAAUGGAAAAGAGUGGAAGAAUUGGGAUUGGUUGUUGAUGACCAUUUUCAACAACACCAGAUAUCGAUACUCCAAUUUUUUGUUGCUCGAAGAUGUCUCAGAGGUCAAGAAAUUCUAUUCAUGUCCCAAAUGUUACAAACACAUCGCUGGUGAUCUGAGUGUUUACUGUCUUGAACACAGUUCUGAUAUGUCCAGUGAGAUGCACUACAUUGUUGGGGCUGUGGCCAAGGGCAAGGAGGGGUCAGCUGGUGAUCAAGGUGGAUAUGUUAGAGAGGUGGUCACUUAUAUGGUGGUGGAUAACUUGGUGGUGCCAGCCUAUGUCUACUAUCUCUUGCAUUGCUAUGCUUAA